CCCCCCAUCAAAUUGGACACCUGUACUCAAAUUAAUUUCUAUCAAUUUUCCCUGAACUCCAUCAAAUCAAACCCUUUCCUUGUUCUUCCAGCUGAUGAAAUCAAAGCCACAGUCCACAAAUUUGGGUUGAAUUCGUGCCGUCCGAUCAUCGCGGAUGAUGCUAUCUACUCGGAGAAAGCUGUGGUUGCUGAAAAUCGUAUUAUUUCUGGGGUUAGGGUUAGGGUUUGAUUUCGGUGAUGCGUUGAAGGUGCCGUUCAGGGUCAACGACGUGCUGCCGGUGUUGCCUCGUCAGAUAUCGUGGCCUGUGCUGAACAAUAUUCACAGUGCGGUUGAUUUGCUGCCGCAGUAUAUCGGAUCGCUGUCGCCGAAUAACGGAACAAUUAACUGGAAAGGCGCGUGCUUUUUUGAUAACGAGGCGAAGAUUGAGUUCGUUGGUGCCGGUGAUAGGGGAAUCGGGGGCGGCGUUAUCCAUCUUUCGACUGCAGCUGCCCACAGUUGGACAUGUAUGGAUUUAUACGUAUUUGCAACUCCUUAUAGGGUCACUUGGGAUUAUUAUUUUUCAGCUCGUGACCAUACAUUGAAAAUUGAAUCAUGGGAGGAACCUGCCGAAGUAGAAUAUGUAAAGCAGCAUGGGAUCUCGGUUUUCCUUAUGCCAUCUGGAAUGCUGGGUACAUUUCUUUCCUUGGUCGAUGUGGUGCCUUUGUUCUCUAACACUGUUUGGGGUCAGAGUAGAAAUCUAGAUUUUCUGAAGAAGCACAUGGGUGCUUCGUUUGAAAAACGUCAACAACCAUGGCGUGCUACCAUAAAUCCAGAAGAUGUGCAUUCUGGUGACUUUUUAGCUGUUUCGAAGAUUCGUGGGCGUUGGGGUGGAUUUGAGACGCUGGAGAAGUGGGUCACCGGUGCAUUUGCUGGACAUACUGCUGUAUGCUUGAAGGACGAUUUGGGUAAUCUUUGGGUUGGUGAAUCUGGACACGAAAAUGAAAAGGGUGAAGAAAUUAUUGCAAUAAUUCCUUGGGAUGAAUGGUGGGAACUAUCACUUAAGGAUAGUUCAAAUCCACAAAUAGCGUUGCUGCCCUUACAUCCAGAAAUACGUGCUAGGUUUAACACUACUGCAGCAUGGGAAUAUGCUCGCCAGAUGGCAGGCAAGCCAUACGGUUAUCAUAACAUGAUCUUUAGUUGGAUCGACACUGUAGCCGACAAUUAUCCACCUCCUCUAGAUGCUCACUUGGUUAUUUCUGUCAUGUCUAUGUGGACCAGAAUGCAGCCAGCAUAUGCUGCAAACAUGUGGAAUGAAGCGCUUAAUAUGCGGCUCGGAACUGAGGAUCUGGACUUGUAUGGAAUUCUAGCAGAGACUGAAAGACGAGGAAUAACUUUCGACCAACUACUCACUAUUCCCGAACAAGAUGAAUGGGUGUACAGUGAUGGCAAGUCUACAACAUGCGUUGCCUUUAUUCUUGCAAUGUAUAAAGCAGCUGGAGUAUUCGGUCCAGUCACAAAUUCCAUUCAAGUUACCGAGUUUACGAUCAAGGAUGCGUAUAUGCUUAAAAUAUUCGAGAAUAAUAUGACACAAUUGCCAAAUUGGUGUAACAAUGGCGAUGACAAGCUUCCGUUUUGUCAGAUUCUGGGGGAAUAUAAAAUGGAAUUGCCAUAUUACAACACUUUAGAGCCGUACACAAAUAUGAACGAGAAUUGCCCAUCUCUACCUCCCACAUACGAAAGGCCUGCUCGUUGUUGAGUACUUCAACAUUUGUUACUAUUUGUGUACGAAAGAAUAUUCCUCGAAAACGUCUUUUUCUUUUCUUUUUGGGUCUUAUGUAGCUCAAGUGUGUAAUAUAAUGGAAGAGAACAUGCUAUGCUUGCUCUUGUUCAGAUGUUUACUUAUAUACGAUGUACAUAUUUCUAGCUUAUGGAAACCCUCGGGAACUUCGGGUGAAAUAAAUAUACCUGAAAUUCGAAUCGA